AACCCUAAUUUCAUAACUUCUCAAAAAAAUAAAUAAAAUUUACACUCUUUUUUCAUUUCUGAAAAUUUGUUUUCUUCUUUACUCUGUUCUUUGCUCUGCAGUAAUAGAUUCACUCGUUUGUUUAGUUGGUGUUAAUUUUUUGUUCAGUUGUAUUUUUGUAAAGAUUGUAUUUUUAUUAUGUGCAAAGAAUUGCUGUUUUAAGUUUUCAUUUCUUGCAAAAAUUUGAUCCAAGUUUUUUUUUUUGAUUUGUUUACUCAUUUGAUUUUUUGUUUGCUCUGUUGUGAGUUGUGACAUAUUUGGUAAAAAGAUUGUAUUUUUACUGUUGUUUGUUACUCGAAGGAAAUUUGCUUGAUUUUCUCUGAUUAGGGGAUUUGGGAUUUAAGUUGUUAGUUUUCAGGAUUUAUGAAUGGAGGACAAAGAAGGGGUUAAUAGUUCUGAGGUUAUGGUUAAAAGUAAUGAAAUUUCUGAAAAUUAUAGAAUGACCCCAAGUAAUGCAAAUGUGAAUGGGCUUAAUGGAGUAAUGGCUGCAGUUGUACCUGCAACUCCAAUGAGUGUGGCAGCACCGUCUACCGAAGGGAAUAAGAAGAGGGGAAGGCCUAAGAAAUAUAGACCAGAUGGUUCUUUAAAUACUGCAUUAUCACCAAUGCCAAUAUCAGCUUCAAUUCCACUUUCAGGAGAUUUUUCAGGUUGGAAAAACAAUGGAAGCCGCCCCGUUGAAUCGUUUAAGAAGAAGCAGCAAAAAAUUGAGCUUGGAAUUCCAGGGGAAAGGGUGGCGUAUUCUGCUGGUGCAAAUAUAUCACCACAUGUAGCGUACUCCGUUGGUGGAAACUUUACACCGCAUGUGUUUACUGUUAAUGCUGGCGAGGAUGUUGCAAUGAAAAUUAUUUCAUUUGCUCAACAAGGAUCUAGAGCUAUUUGUGUGCUGACUGCCAGUGGUGCAAUUUCAAAUGUUACACUUAGUCAGCUUAGUUCUUCUGGUGGAACUUUGACCUAUGAGGGUUGUUUUGAAAUUCUCUCUCUUAUAGGAUCGUAUAUGUCUAGUGAUACCGGAGUAACAAAAAGCAGAUCUGGUGGGAUGAGUGUGUGUCUCUCAGGUCCUGAUGGUCGUGUUUUUGGAGGUGGCCUUGCAGGCGUGUUUAUGGCAGCUGGUCCUGUUCAGGUUGUUGUUGGAAGCUUUAUUCCUUGUCACCAGCAAGAGCCGAAUCCCAAGAAGCAGAGGUUAGAGCAUGUUGCUACUUUUUCAACUGCUAUUCCCACGAAUCAAAUUUAUGCAGAACGAACUGAUGGAGCUUACACAGGGCCAAGUACUAAUUUUACUUCUCCGAUUCCUUUUCCUGGGGAUAACACAGUAUCACUGAACUCCAUACAUAGUUCAAGAAUCUCCGCAUUAGAAAACAACAUUUCUAUGCCUGAAGAAGAAUCUAACGAGCAAAGUCCAUCAUCUUAAUUUAGUCGGAUGAUGUAUUAAGGUGUAUUCCUGUACCUUAAUGGUUUUUUUUUUUUGGCCUAGUUGAACUUACAGUCUUACAAUCCCCUUGCGCGCUAAAUAUUGAAAGUGUAGGAUGUAUUCGUGUCGAUUUUUAACCUAGAAGUUGCACGUUUUGUUGGUUGGCAUUGGCCUUUCGGUCAGUAGAAGCUGUUAUAUUACUGUUUUC